UGGUGGGGGAGGCAGAGGCUGCAGGUCAGAGGUGGGGAGGGGGAGGAUGCACAAUACUGGGUGUGCAUAAGGGCAAAGUCAGCAGAGUUCUGGAUGACCUCCAGUAUCUAGGGGGUUUGAACGCGGGAGGUUGGGAAGGGACAUUUUAAAGUAGUCAAGUUUGGAGGGAAUGAAGGAGUGGAUGAGAGAUUCAGAAGCAGAGGAGUUUUUGUUUUAAAAUUCAUUAUUUCAUGGACUGGGGUGGAGUGCAGCUUGCAAACAAGAGUGAGCUGGUAAUAUCUUCCUUCGGUGCAGCAGAAGGAGCUGGUUGGUGAGUAACUGGGUUUUAGAAGGAAAGGAUUUUCAAGCGGCAAGCUGAAACCCAGCAUCGCAUCAAGAUCUGAAGGAGUCACUCGAUUCAUCGGUACCUGAAUAUCAUUGGAUUUUGAACAUGGAAAGGAAAAGCACUGUUCACAGCGGAGAGAAACUGUACACGUGUCCUGUGUGCGGAAGAGGCUUCAACCAAUCAGCUGGGCUGUCUCGGCACAAGCGCAGUCACACGGGGGAGAAACCGUGGAAAUGUGGGGACUGUGGGAAGGGAUUCAAUUACCCGUCCGAACUCGAAACUCAUCGGCGCAGUCACACCGGGGAGAGGCCAUUCCCCUGCUCCAAGUGUGGGAAGGGAUUCACUCAGCUAUCCGGUCUGCUGACACACCAGCGAGUUCACACUGGGGAGAAGCCGUACGCCUGCUCUGAGUGUGGGAAGGGAUUCACUCGGUCAUCCCAACUACUGACACACCAGCGAGUUCACAGUGACAAGAGAGAGUUUAAAUGCCCCGACUGUGAAAAGAGCUUUAAGAGCCCACAUUCACUGACAAAACACCAGCGCAUUCACAUCGGUUCCACACCGCUCACCACACCAUUCAGCUGCUCCGAGUGUGGGAAGAGAUUCAGGGGAUCCUCCAACCUGUUGAAACACCAACGCAUUCACACUGGGGAGAGACCGUUCACCUGCUCCGAGUGUGGGAAGGGAUUUACUAAUUCAUCCAACCUGUUGAGACACCAGCAUGUUCACACAGAUGAGAGACCUUUUAGAUGCCCAGACUGUGGGAAGUGCUUCAAAAGUUCCGGGGAACUCAUAUCCCAUCAACGUGUUCACACUGACGAGAGACCGUUCAAGUGCUCUCACUGCGGGACUGGGUUCAGGCGAUCAGCGGAACUCAGUGUGCACCAGCGAGUUCACACCGGGGAGGGGCUGUUCACCUGCUCGGUGUGUGGGAAGGGAUUCACUCGUCUAUCCCAUCUCACUUCACAUCAGCUUGUUCACACAGACAAGAGACCAUUUCAAUGCUCUGACUGUGGGAAGCGUUUUAAAAGCAGCCAUGUUCUGAUGAGACACCAGCAAGUUCACACCGGGGAGAGGCCAUUCACCUGCUCUGUGUGUGAGAGGAGAUUCACCCAGUCGUCCAUUCUGCUGAGACACCAGCGAGUUCACACCGGGGAGAGGCCAUUCACCUGCUCAGUGUGUGAGAAGAGAUUCACUCAGUCAUCCAGCCUACAGAAACAUCUGCGAGUUCACAAGUGAUCACGGGGGUUGGAUUCUGCUGUUAUUGUUGCUGUUAACUGCAUCCAGACUGAAGCAUAAUUCAUUCUGACAGUUGGGUUUUAUAUCUUAUGUCAUUAACCCCUAUUGCACUUGGCAUGAGCCCACACCAUCUCCCAGUUAUGUGUGAAUAGACCCAUCUUGUCUACAGGCCUCAUUUUAAAUUGAAAUCCACUCAGAAACUGUAUUGAAGUGAAGAUGAACAAUAACCAGAUCACAGUCCAAACCUGCAGCUCCAUAUUGACAGGGGAAAGUCUGUUCUAUAACACAAGGAUGAGGCUGUUUGUGAGCUCAAUGUUUGUAAUCACAAAGUAGGCUUGAGAUAUUUGAUAGAUGAGCUGUUUGAAGCUGUUAACUUGUCAGAUAUUGAAGGAAUUCCUCUUAAACUCACCAAUUUAUAUCUCAGACUCUGGUCCCUGAUGUAAUUAAUACUCGGUAUCCGUUAGUGCUGAUUUACAGUGAAUCAAUGAGUGCCUGUGGAAUAUGUGUUCCUUGUUUUGUGAAAUGGAUUUCAUGCUGAACUGCUGGAUGACUAGUUUAGCAGCACAUAAUUUGAGUAUUACUGAAAAAAGAGACUUUUUUGUUGAAGCUUUGAGUCUUGUACUCAUCAGGACAGUUUGCAAGAAUACCAAUGUCAGGGGAAACAAUUUUAUACUGUACAAGAGAGUACUGAUUAGAAGUGGACUCUGGUAGAGACUUUGCCAUGGAGAAUGCACCAGUUAAUGUGCAGCCAAACAUUGGUUGAAAUUUAAAUCAGGAAGCUUGACUGACUGGUCAAGACAUUGCCCCGAGGAGUGAACCAGCAAAUGGCUGUCACUUAUUUUGUUUAGCUGAAACAGGCGCAAUGACUUGUUCUUUCUGUCUGCGAAGAACAGGGUACUGUGUAUUAAUAUUUGUAGCUUCCAGUACACACAAAUGCACCUCUACCGAUCAGAGUCCACUUGCCAACCAAUCGGCAUUCUCUUCUCAUAGAGUAUAAACUUAUUUCCCCUGACGUUGGUAUUCUUGUGAACAGUCCUGAUGAGCACAAGAUGAAAAGCUUCAACAAAAAAGUCUCUCUUUUCAGCAAUGCUGGUUAAUUCAGAUGGAUUGAUUGAUUUUGGACAUGUCCAAAAACAAUCA